CACGUUUAGUCUAGACCAGCAGAGCUCUUUCGUUAUCGAGUGGUCAUCAAGUUUUGUUUAAGAAAAGUCACCUGGUCCUUGGUUAAAAAGAAAGUGGACUGCGAAGAUGUUCUUCGAGUUCUCUUCAUUGGUUUAGCAGUGGUGUCAGUUUUGUUCCAGACAUAUCGACAUGUAAAGGCUAUUGAAAUAUUGAAUGAAUGCCUAAAUGUUCUGAAAAUAUACGCUUCAAAUUUUGAAAUAAAAGGGGCAAACGCUCUUUUUGGGCUGAUCUACCACAAGUUGUUUUACCUUUACAAGUUCGUUGGCGAUUGCAAGAAUGCGAUUCAAAUUGGGGGGGAGGCAAUCCAAGCAUAUCUUCUAAUGGGUGAUGUUCGACAUGCAGCUGAAUUACUCGGAAUAGUUGGCAAUGAGUAUCAGAUAGCUGGGGAACAAGUGAAAGCCAAAGAAAGAUAUGACACAGCUUUCAGAAUAUUUUACCUGAGGGAAGUCAACCAACUCGAGCAAUUUGAUAUGUCAGAUAUCGAGAGAAGGGAACAUUUAAAUAGAAUGCUAUUAAUGGAAACAAAAGCUGACAACAAGACAGGGCAAGGAAUCAUUCUUUCCCAGCUUGGAGAAACGGCGAGGUCUAUUUUCGAUCACCCUGGCGCCAUGGACUUCUUUAAAAGGGAACUUGAAAUCUGGAAAGAAAUUGGUAAUAAAAAGAAACAUGGAGAUACUCUUCGGCGCAUCGGUGAAUUGCUGUAGGAUAAUGAAGAAUACGAACAAGCCAAACGUUAUUACAGCAAGGCAGUGGAAAAACUAAAGGAGGCUGAUGCGAAUAAAGAGCUGGGAAUGGCCUUGACUGAUCUUGGGAGAAUAUGUGACAUGCUUGGCGAAUUUCAAGAUGCAAUAAGUUCCCUACAGAAAUCCCUCGAAAUCAGCUUGGAGAAUGGAGACAAACAUGAAGAAGUCUUGAAUCGUCGAUUUCUUGGCGAUGCCCACACCUCCGUUGGAGAAUAUGACAAAGGGAAGAAAUGUUACGACGAGACUUUGGCACUCAGUAGGAUCGCAGGGGACAAAAAAGGUGUGGCACUUGCAUAUAGCGGUUUAAGGAGUUUUUAUCGCCGAAAAAACAAAAUUGCAAAGGCAGCAGAUUAUGGCGAAAAGGCAAUCGAAAUCUACUCUGACAUUGGUGACUUACGUCUGGAAGGAAUCGAAAAUUGCGAACUUGGAGAUAUUUGCUCGUUUACUAGUAGAUUUGAGGAAGCAGUAAAGUAUCACACUCGAUCUCUUGAGAUUAAAAGGAAAACUGGCGAUAGAAAAGGAGAAGCACAACAAUACGGUAACCUUGGUGUUGUUUACCAGAAUUUGGGUGAUCACUGUAAAGGAAAGCAUUACCAUGAAAGAGCACUGGCUAUCAACAAAGAAACCAAUCACCUGGUAGGUCAAGGAGUAGACUACAGCAAUCUCGGCAGUGUUUACCAACAUCGUGGUGAAUCUUCCAGGGCAUACCAUUACUACAGGAAGGCAUUAGAGAUCAAUUUUCGAACUCGAAACCAAGAAGCAAUAGCUGCUGGUUACUGUCAAUUGGGAAUUUGCUCUCAGAAUGAAGGAAAGUAUGAGGAGGCUAAGAAACUUCGUUGGACUGGUCUUAAAAUUGCAAGCAGGCUUGGUUAUAGAAAUAUGGAGGCAACUAUAUUAUGCGACUUGGCAAAAAUUUACUCUGUUAUUGGCGGGUCCGAAAAAGCAAUGGACUCUUACAAAAGGGCAGAGGUAAUCUUCAAAGAAGUUGGAAAUAGCGCGAAACACGCAGAAGUACUCGCCAACAUCGGGUCUGUUUAUCAGUCGGACGGCGAUAAACUAACAGCUAUAAAAUAUCUGAGAGGAUCGUUAGACAUUAUCAAAGGAAUUGAAAGCCAGGAUGUGGAGGCUUCUACUUCGGCCAUACUUGCAGGUCUGCAUGUUUCUUUAGGCGAAUAUGCUGAAGCAAUACCUUUAUACAAGUGCGCUCUCAGAAUAGCGAAAGAAACUGAAAAUAAACGACUGGAAAUGCAGAUGAACAUGCAUGUACAGAUCAGUUGGAAAAUGCCCUUCCAUGUUUCAAAGAGGCACUGUCGCUUUGCGAAAUGAUGGAAGACAUACGAGGUAUAAGUACUUGCUGUUGUAAUAUAGCAACCGUAUAUGCUGUGACCCAAGAUCUUCCAAAUAUCAGGUUGUAUCUUAAGAAAAGCAUUAAGGUUUUUGAGAAGAUUCGGGAAGUUCUUGGAGAAAGUGAAGAUUUCAAAAUAGGCUUUGCCGACAAACAUGAUGCUCCUUACCAAUUAAUGAUUGCCAUUUUGAUCAAAUUAGGAAACACUGACCUUGCCUUGUCAGUUGUGGAGCUUGUACGUGCUAGAUCACUGGCAGAGUUGAUGGUUGAAAGAUAUUCCGCACCGCCUUUGCCUGACUUGGAUUCCAGUCAAUUAAUUGAUUUCCAUCAUGUUGUCAAAGAUAAGAAUACGCCCUGCAUAUCAUUCUGUUUUGUACAAGGACAUCUUUCUUGUUGGACCUUGAAGGCUAACCCAGAAAUCACGCUAAGAGAGGUCAAAACAGAUGGUUUGCCUUUAAACAUCCGACCUAAAGGUAUUUCGACAGUAGACUGGGUAGAGAAUCUUUUGAAUCAGUUUUACAGACAGUUUUCACCUUUUCCAGAAGAGCAGUGUGAAAAUCGUUUGCUGUUACUUCGAGAUAGAGACUCUGAGGGACGAUCCCCCGCCAAGCCGCAAGAAAGCCCAAAAGUUGAACAAAGCCAAAACGCCUGCCACGUCAAGAAGAAGUAUGAAGGAGGUUCAAAUGAAGAACCACUCAUCAGUGUUGUAUAAGGACAUUAUAGCUCCUGUGGUUGAUCUUCUGGAAGGAUCUGAGAUAGUUGUCGUCCUUGAUCGUUCGCCAUACAGAGUUUCAUUUUCUGCGUUGAUGAACGAGAAAGACGAAUUUCUAGGAAAAAAGUUUAGGAUUCGAUAUACUCCAUCUUUGACGACUCUUAAGCUGAUCCAAGACAGUCCUGAAGAUGAUCACAGUGAGACAGGAGUUCUCCUUGUUGGCGAUCCUGAUGUUGGUACACCUGAUCGAUUACCAUGUGCUAAAGAAGAAGUUGAGAUGAUUGGAUAUAUUCUUAAUGUUCAACCCUUAACUGGUAAAGAAGCUACCAAGGAAGCGGUACUACAGAAGAUACACUCUGUAAGUCUCAUUCACAUUGCUGCACAUGGUGAAGAAGAGAAAGGUAAUAUCGCAUUAGCUCCAUCCAACCGUGAGAAGGACGACUUUCUGUUGACAAUGGUCGAUAUCUCAGCAGUCAGAUUGCGAGCCAAGCUGGUGGUGCUCAGUUGCUGUCACAGUGGAAAAGGCCACAUCAAAGGUGAAGGAGUUGUUGGAAUAGCUCGAGCCUUCUUAGGAUCUGGCGCUCGCUCAGUGUUGGCGUCUCUAUGGGCUAUGGACGACGAAGAAACCAUGGAGUUCAUGAAGCAAUUCUGCGAACACUUGGUAGAUGGAAAAAGUGCCAGUGAAUGUCUUCAUGAAACCAUGAAAUGGAUGAGGAAGAAACCUAAAUACUCGGAAGUGAAAGAUUGGGCACCAUUCGUGCUGAUUGGAGAUGACCUGUCAUUCAAAUUCGUGUAUUGAAUGUAAGUCCCAGGAUGUAAAUAGCAUGAAGUGAUACAAAAUCAAUUAAAAAAAUAAUGCAAUUUAGAAGCUUGCCUAGUACACUGGAACGUGUGUCGAAGGAAUCGGAAGCUUACAUUUUCAUUUUUUGUUUUAACAGUGAAAGAAAGAACUUUCUCGAUGAAGGUGAAAGCAACAGGUUUCUCAACGCGAUAAAGCCUUGAACGAUCGAUUCCGUUAUAGAGGAACUUUGAGAGUAAAUUUAAGUGUAGCAUUUAAUCCUAGAACUUUAUCGGACUUGUCUGUCAUUUGAGAACAGCACAAUAGUAUCUUCAGAAGUGCGAAGACGAAGACAGACAAAAAAAAGCAACUCGUGUCGCCGAAAAAGAAGAAGAAAAAGAGAUGAAUAUUUUAUUUUAAUUAUGUUAAUGUGAAUUACAAUACUUAUUUGAAAAGCUGGAUCUGUACACAGGUUUUUAAAAUGUAACUGUCAUGAUCAACUGACCUCGUGUGUCCAACUGAAAAAAUAAUUCUUUGAUGGUUCAACUUGAAAAAAUGAUAAUUGGAAAAGUUCUGAUAAAAGA